UGGCGGAUGUUAGGUUGAGCUCUGGUCACCCCAGGCUCUGCAGGGAGAAGUGCAGACGUAGGAGCCGGGGCCCCCGGGACCUGGAGCUAUUGGGGCCUGGGGGAGGAUGGACUAGACGGCAGGGCCUCUCCCACCUUCCAGCCCUCCCUGCCCCGCCGUGUGCUGUGUGUGAGGACUGGAGCACCUUUGUGGCUGCACAUUGCAUUGCUGAGAUCGGACGUGUGUAGAUGCGGCAGCCGGGUGACAGUGAGGUGAUGUGUGUGCCUGUCAUGUCCACUUGUGUGGUGUGUUCUUGUGGAUGACACCAUCCCCCAGAGCUUGAUGUGACCUCCCCCCCCCCCUUCCUUUGUUGUAAUUCUACCUGGCCAUUGCUUCAUGGUGCCCAGCUGGACUGCUCCCCCCACCUACCCCUCUACCCUCUACCCCCUCUGGAUACAUGAAGCGCUGCCAGUCAGACGAGCUGUACCCUGAGGAGGUGGCUGCACAAGAUGCUCUUUUGCCACCUACUGUCAUGGAAGUGCGAGGUUCAGACAGCCCGGUGCCUGGGGAUUUGGGCUUUGCAGGAGCAUCUGGUAGCCAGGCAGCCCCUGUCCUCACAAGGAAUAAACCUCCAGACCUCAAGAAAAUCCAACAGCUUUCUGAAGGAUCCAUGUUUGGACACGGACUGAAGCACCUCUUUCAUAGUCGACGGCGUUCCAGAGAGCGCGACCACCAGGCAGCUACAGAACCCGCUGCUGCUUGCUCAACCCCCGGACCCCAAACUUCACAAGCAUCCAUAACUGCCCCCCUGUCCUCUUCAGACCACGACUCUGCAGAUGAGAAGGAGCGAUCCCCAGAAAUGCAUCGGGUGUCUUAUGCUGUUUCUUUGCAUGAUUUACCAGCACGUCCUACUGCCUUUAACCGUGUACUACAACAAAUACGCUCCCGUCCUUCUGUCAAGAGAGGCUCUGGUCAGCAUGGCGGUGGUCGUCGGAGCAAGAGUGGCCCUGGGGACACUGCUCAGCAUCAUCAUCAGCAGUUGCGUGGAGGAAGCCCUCAUCUGCCUCGACGACCCCCACCAAUGGAUGGUGGACUGGCUGCUGUGUUACACCACCACCAAGGUCGACCUAGAUCUUCUUCUACCACUGAUGCUGCAAUGUUAGCUGGAGGGGAUACUACCGGGGCUGGAGGAUUUUCACAUGAAGAUCAAGAUAGAGCAACAGAAAAGCAACUGGACAAGGGAGAUCUUAGCAGCCUGAGUCUCCCCCCAAGUACACUUCAUGGCGGUUCAGAGGGGAACAUCAGCCUGGAAGUCCCUGAAGGGGCCCCAGAUCCACAGCGCACCAAAGCUGCAAUGGACCAUUUGCAUCAAAAAAUCCUCAAAAUAACAGAACAGAUUAAGAUUGAGCAGGAGGCUCGAGAUGACAACGUUGCGGAGUAUUUAAAGUUGGCAAAUAAUGCAGACCGACAACAAGCUUACCGAAUCAAACAGGUUUUUGAGAAAAAGAAUCAGAAAUCUGCACAGACUAUUGCUCAGUUGCACAAGAAGUUGGAGCAUUAUCACAAGAAACUAAAGGAGAUUGAACAAAAUGGCAUAUCACGACAGCCAAAGGAUGUCUUGAGGGACAUGCAGCAAGGGCUAAAAGAUGUGGGAGCAAAUGUGCGAGCGGGCAUCAGUGGCUUUAGUGGGGGAGUAGUAGAAGGUGUCAAGGGAGGCCUUUCAGGACUUUCUCAGGUUACCCAUACUGCUGUAGUGUCAAAGCCUAGAGAGUUUGCCAGUUUGAUUCGAAACAAAUUUGGAAGUGCUGACAAUAUCGCACACUUAAAAGAUGGUAUGGAGGAAGAUGGGGAGGGUCAGGGGGGUUCAAGGGCUCUGAGUGGAAGUGCAACUUUAGCACCAAGCCCUAAAUAUGGUAGCGAUGAUGAGUGCUCCAGUGCUACCUCUGGGUCAGCGGGUCCAGGAAGUAACUCUGGGGCAGGACCUGUAGGACCUGGAAGCCCUAGAUCCAACACUCUAGAUGGACAUCAUCAUAGUCACCAUGGAGGCUUUGAUGCAAUUUUGGAGGAGUUAUGUGAAAUCAAAGAAGGGCAGAGCCACCUUGAAGAUUCAAUGGAUGACUUGAAAUCGCAGCUCCAGAGAGAUUACAGCUAUAUGACUCAAUGUCUUCAAGAGGAACGCUACAGGUAUGAACGCUUGGAAGAGCAGCUGAAUGACCUGACAGAGCUUCAUCAGAAUGAAAUGACAUUGCUUAAGCAGGAGCUGGCCAGCAUGGAGGAGAAAGUUGCCUAUCAAUCAUAUGAGCGGGCUAGGGACAUUCAGGAAGCCGUGGAGUCUUGUCUCACCCGUAUCACUAAGCUAGAGUUACAGCAACAGCAGCAACAGGUUGUCCAGCUGGAAGGUGUGGAAAAUGCGAAUGCUCGGGCUUUACUAGGCAAAUUCAUCAACGUGCUGCUAGCGCUCAUGGCCGUUCUUCUAGUCUUUGUUUCGACGGCCGCCAGUUUUAUAACUCCACUGGUUAAAACACGUGUCCGCCUUUUGUCCUCCCUGCUCUUUCUACUUUCCCUGCUGACACUGUGGAGACACUGGGACUGUGUUACUUACUUUCUGGAACACGUUCUCCUGCCCAGUUGAUUUUUCGCCCUUUGUAUAUCUAACCUGCAUUUAUGUUUCUCUCUACACAUGUGAGAGGCAGACUUGACCUUGGCAGAAGAUGAUGCCCAGUUCCUUCUAUACACAUAUUUAUCUGGAUGGAUCUGUUUAUGCAUAUAUUGGUAUACCUAUAUAGAGCUUUUGUUUUUAAAAUGGGCAGCUAUUUGCCACUUACACCCCCCACAUGAAGAUGGAAGGAUCACUGGAAAACCAGCUUAGUCACAGGCGGUUGCUUUGCAGAACAUGGAAUACCAGUGGUGAAUAUAGGCAGCAGCUUACAUGCUAUUGCCGCACAGAACGUGGAGUACCGGUGGUGAAUUUAUGUGACGGACAUGCAUCUCUAGAAGGUGUGAAGAAACUGUGCUGCAUCGCUAUGACGAGCACAUAUAGUACAAGGCAAUGUAUUAUAAAUCUAUGGAGUUUGAGGGAAAACAGUGAAUGGCAAUACAAAUAAGGACAACUCAUUUGUGUUAUGGCAAGGCAGAGUUGGAUAUGUUUAAUAGAAGACCUCUUUGUUGUGAGUUUGAAAGAUAUUCCUCCGUAUUUCUUAUUUGUUUUUUAUACGGAAGGUUUAUAUAGGUUCAUUUAUGUACCAGAACCAUUGGUGUACAUAGACUUUUAGGGAGUAUGUGGAGCAGGUGGUGAUGGUUUAGCCUUCUCUACUUCAACUUCUUUCCCCCCCUAUGGUUCCCUAAUUUAAAAGGCACCAUCUUGGGGGGGUAGGUGCUGUGUGACCAGCGACACAAACAUCUACCGUAAACUGUUUACAUAAAGACAGGAAGGAGAGUGAUUUUAUUUUGAAAAGUAUACUAAUUUUAAUGCAAUAACUUGACAUGCCAGGCAGGGCACACUUUGGGUACUGUACUCUGUCAGCCUCUUUGCAAACAAAAACAAAAAAAGCUGACAUAGCCGGUCCUGAUUUCUUAAUGAUUUUUUACCUGGCCAUAACCCAUACAGUACCUGUGGGGAGACCCAUGUAUUAAGUUGCAUUUCAUGUAUUUAUUUAUCCCUGAUUCAUAAAGAGUAUUGUAUAUUUAUUUAUUUAUUACAAGUCAAAGUGUACUUACCUCCUAUACACAGUGGAGGGAGGGAGGCAGGUUCUUGGCAGUAUUCAUCCCUAUACAUUUGUGUGGAUCUAUAGGGGGAAUAUUGUUCCAGCGUGCAGCGGCUGCUCCCACUGUGACUAGAAGCUUGGUCAUUUUUGAGCAGCAUUUUUUUUAAUUAUUAUUUUAGAGAUUUAUUAGUGAGUUUUUAUGGCUUUUAUUUUCUAGUUUUGCCCUAAUGCAUUAACAAAUGCACAAGUGGGAAAGGGUUUACAACUUUGACAUAGCCAAAUAAUUGCAAAACAACAUAGACACUCCAUGACACAUGUAUGAAAUUGUUUUACUUGUGUUUUAGAUUCUAUUUUUUACCAGAAGUAUUACAUGUACAUAUUUAGAGAUCUUCCCCUUUAAGGUAUGUGUACAUAUCAUGAAUCUCACUCUCUCUGGCAAGAGGCAUUUUAUUUGUGCUUUUGGUAACAUUUGGGAUGGAAUUUUUUUUUAUUUUCCCUACUGCUUCAUGUAACAAUGCUAUCACGAGGCAAGGUUUGUUGUUACAUUCUUUGCUUCUGUGUGAAAAUAAAAU